UAACAACAAAUGUCACUUAUGAGUGCAAAUCUUAGUCAUGGGAAAACACAGAUCAUAGAACAGCACCUGACUCUGCUUUUUUCCUUAAAAAGCCCGAAACUCUUUGCAACUUUCCUUUGUUAAAAAUUAAAACUCUGCUUGGUCUCAAACUAGACAUAUACUUUCUCUCUCUUCCUUAACGGUUACGAAAGUGAAACAGAAAAUGGUGGCAUCAGACGGUGGCGGUGGUGGGAAAUUGACGAAGAAAGUUCUGGGUUUGGGGUAUUGGGUGCAAGGAUUCAGGUGUUUUCCAUGGUUGGUAGUGAGUUUCUACCUCAAAGAUGGUCUCAAUGUGGACCCUUCCAUUCUUCAAAUUCUUCAGAGUUCCGCUAAUCUUCCAAUGGUUGGGAAGCCCCUCUAUGGCCUCGUUUCAGACUCUGUCUACAUCUCUGGCCAGCACCGAGUUCCCUACAUCGCCCUUGGAGCUUUCUUGCAGGCACUGUCAUGGCUGGUCAUAGCAAUCUCUCCAUCAAACAUGUCUAUUUUCACUAUCUCCAUAUACCUCCUUCUUAGUAACCUAGGUGCUUCUAUAGCUGAGGUUGCAAAUGAUGCCAUUGUUGCAGAGAUGGCUAAACAGACUCCUUCCUCAACCAAGCACCCCCAUCCAUCCUCCUCAGGCAACCUCCAAUCAUUUGUUUGGAUAGCUUCCUCUGCAGGAGGAGUCCUUGGAAACCUUCUUGGUGGCAUUUUUAUUGGCCGGUUCUCCCCACAAUCCAUGUUUUUAUAUUUUGGCCUUCUCCUUGCCCUCCAAUUUUUUAUAACCAUCUCAGUUCGUGAGAGUUCUCUUGGGCUCCCAAAGAGUCCAUCUGGUGGAAUAAGGAAACAGCUUUCACAGCUAUUGGUUGCUCUAAGAAAGCCUGAAAUCUCAUAUUCAAUAUCAUGGUUUACAGCAUCUUACGCCAUUAUUCCUGCACUUACUGGGACCAUGUUCUUUUACCAGACACAGUAUUUGAAAAUAGACUCAUCAGUAUUGGGUAUCUCCAAGGUGUUUGGCCAGGCAACAAUGCUCUUAUGGGGCAUCAUAUAUAAUCAAUACUUCAAAUCUGUCCCACCAAGGAAACUGAUAUCAGCCAUUCAAGCAAUGAUGGCAUUCUUAAUGAUUUCAGAUUUCUUGUUCGUGCGAGGUUUUUAUCGACAAAUGGGUGUGCCGGACUCGCUCUAUGUUGUGAUUUUCUCAGGAUUCUUGGAGGUUCUAUUUUUCUUUAAGAUUCUGCCAUUCAGUGUCCUAAUAGCACAGAUGUGUCCACCAGGAUGUGAAGGUUCUAUAAUGGCAUUUCUUAUGUCUUGUGUAGCCCUGGCAUUAAUUGUGAGUGGAUACCUUGGUGUUGCACUUGCAUCAUGUAUUAAGGUAACAGCAAGUGACUUUUCAGGACUUCCACUUGGACUUCUGAUACAAGCUACAUGCACUCUCUUGCCAACUUUUUGGUCAUCAUGCAUACCUGAUAAGGUAGAAACAAAAGCCAAGAGGAAAGACUAAUUUAUUAGCUUUUAGAGAUAUAAUAAAAUAAUGUGAUUCAAGGAAAUAGAGGUAUGAUGCUCAAGUGAUUGAUUCUGUUAAUUUCAUUGCCUUCAUGCAUCAGCUGGCAGAUACAAGCUAUAUCAGUUGGUUUUGUAGAUUUUUUAUACCAAAUAUUAAUAAGUGAUAGGGUGUAAAGGUAUAGUGUGACCAUGUGAUGAUCAUGUUCGUUCAAGUAGUGCUUUUGUCUUAGAUUGAAUAUCAAUGUUAUGUGGAUAAGCUCUUCCCUUUUCAUUUGUUAUAUUUUGGAUGGAUUUUGUAUUUUGAAUGUUUUUAUUAGUUGAUAUAGAAGCAGCGAGCGUCAUUCAUAGAUCAUGCCAAA